GGCGGAAGCAGAAUUUGGGGCGGGGCCUUGUGGAACUUGGGAGACCCAGCGAGAUGGAAGUAGUUAGGUGUCCGGAGCACGGGACUUUCUGCUUUCUUAAGACCGGCGUCCGCGAUGGCCCGAAUAAAGGAAAGAGCUUCUACGUGUGCCGGGCAGACACGUGCAGCUUCGUGCGGGCCACCGACCUUCCUGUUUCUCAUUGCUUAUUGCAUGAGGACUUUGUGGUAGAGCUUCAGGGUUUGCUUCUGCCACAGGACAAGAAAGAAUACAGAUUGUUCUUCCGAUGCAUUAGAAGUAAGGCAGAGGGGAAACGCUGGUGUGGAAGUAUUCCAUGGCAGGAUCCUGAUUCCAAAGAACAUUCUGUCCCCAAUAAGUCUCAGCAUGCAUCUGAGACAUUUCAUCAUUCUUCCAGCCGGCUGAGAAAUCCAUUCAAGGUACUUGACAAGAAUCAAGAACCAGCUCUCUGGAAACAGCUCAUCAAAGGUGAAGGUGAGGAAAAGACGGCUGAUAAGAAGCAAAGAGAAAAGGGAGGUCAGCUUUUCAAUCAAAAGAAGGAACAGAAGCCUGAAUUGAUGGAGAAAGACCUCUCAUCUGGCCUGGUACCAAAGGAAAAACAAUCUGUAGUUCAAGAGAAGAAGCAAGAGGAGAGAGCAGAGAUUCAGUGUGAGGCAGAGGAGACUGGAGGCACACACAAAAGAGACUUUUCUGAAGUUAAAUCUCAACAGUGCCAAGGUAAUGAGCUUACAAGACCAUCUGCAUCUUCUCAGGAGAAAUCAAGUGGUAAGAGUCAAGAUGUCCAAAGAGAAUCAGAACCUCUGAGAGAAAAGGAUACCCAGCUUUUGCCUCAAAACGUUCACAGUCACAGCUCAAUAAGCAAGCCCCAGAAAGGGGGACCCCUCAACAAGGGGUACAAGAACUGGGAGGCUAAAGAAACAAAGGCAAAGGAUGGCCCUAGCACACAGGCCACCCAGAAAAGCCUGCCUCGGGGGCAUUUCCAAGAGCGGCCGGAGACCCAUGGUGUGCCUGCUCCUGGAGGACCAGUGGCUCAGGCUGCACCAGCAGCACCAGGGCUUUCUCUGGGUGAGGGCCGUGAAGCUGCCACAAGCAGUGACGAUGAGGAGGAAGAUGAUGUUGUCUUUGUUUCCUCUAAGCCUGGGAGCCCCCUACUCUUUGACUCGACUCUGGACUUACAGACGAAGGAGAACCUCCAAUUCCCUGAUCGAAGUGUGCAAAGAAAGGUAUCUCCGGCCUCAGGUGUUUCCAAGAAAGUAGAGUCCUCAGACCCAGCAGCCCAGCGUGUCUACCUUACAACACAACUGAAACAAAAGAAGAGCACACUGGCAUCAGUGAACAUCCAGGCUCUUCCAGACAAGGGGCAGAAGUUGAUCAAACAAAUCCAGGAGCUGGAGGAAGCGCUCAGUGGUCUUGCCCUUUCCCCAGAGCAAGGAACUAAUGAGAAGAGUAACAAUCAAGCGCCACAGCAGAGUCACUUCACCAAAACUACCACUGACCCUCCCCACCUGGUGCCUCCCCAACCCCUUCCUGGUUGUGGUACCCAACCCGUGGGUUCUCUAGAACUAAAGUCUGCCUGCCAGGUGACUGCUGGAGGAUCCAGUCAGUGUUAUCAAGGUAACACCUAUUUGUACGCACGCCAUACAAACCAAGAUCACGUUCACGCAGUGUGGAAAAUCACAAGUGAAGCCAUCGAUCAGCUGCAUCGCUCACUUGAGUCAUGUCCUGGUGAGACGGCUGUUGCAGAAGAUCCCGCUGGGCUGAAGGUCCCUUUGUUACUACACCAGAAGCAGGCGUUGGCUUGGUUACUGUGGCGGGAAAGUCAGAAGCCACAAGGAGGGAUUCUGGCGGAUGAUAUGGGCUUAGGAAAAACCCUGACAAUGAUUGCACUCAUCCUGACCCAGAAGAAUCAAGAGAAAAAGAAAGAAAAGGAGAAAAGCACAGCUUUGACAUGGCUCUCCAAAGAUGACUCUUCUGAGUUGACUUCCCAUGGAACACUAAUCAUCUGUCCUGCCUCCCUGAUCCAUCAUUGGAAAAAUGAGGUGGAGAAACGGGUGAACAGCAACAAACUAAGAGUCUAUCUCUACCAUGGGCCAAACCGGGAUUCACGUGCCAGAGUCCUCUCUACAUAUGACAUCGUGAUCACUACCUAUAGCCUCGUGGCCAAGGAGAUUCCCACAAACAAGCAAGAGGCAGAGAUCCCAGGUGCAAACCUCAGUGUGGAGCGCACCUCAACACCUUUGCUUCAAAUAGCCUGGGCUCGAAUCAUAUUGGAUGAAGCUCACAAUGUUAAGAAUCCCCGAGUGCAGACAUCCAUAGCUGUGUGUAAGCUACAAGCCUGUGCCCGUUGGGCUGUCACUGGAACCCCCAUUCAAAACAACUUAUUGGAUAUGUAUUCACUGCUGAAGUUUCUCCGUUGCUCUCCAUUUGAUGAGUUCAAUCUGUGGAGGAGUCAGGUUGACAAUGGCUCAAAGAAAGGAGGAGAACGGUUAAGUAUUUUAACCAAGAGCCUUUUGCUGAGGAGAACAAAAGACCAGCUGGACUCUACUGGCAGACCUUUGGUGAUACUGCCCCAGCGUAAAUUUCAGUUGCACCAUUUAAAGCUUUCUGAAGAUGAAGAGACUGUUUACAAUGUGUUUUUUGCAAGAUCAAGGUCAGCUCUGCAGUCCUAUCUAAAAAGGCAUGAAAGUAGAGGCAACCAAUCUGGAAGAAGCCCUAAUAAUCCAUUCAAUAGAGUGGCACUGGAGUUUGGGUCCGAGGAGCCUAGACACCCUGAGGCAGCAGACUCACCGAGAUCCAGCACCGUCCACAUACUGUCCCAGUUGCUGAGACUGCGCCAGUGUUGCUGUCAUCUUUCUUUACUGAAGUCGGCCCUGGAUCCAAUGGAACUGAAGGGUGAAGGUCUCGUCCUUUCCCUGGAAGAACAGCUCAGUGCUUUGACCUUGUCAGAACUCCGUGACUCAGAGCCGUCUUCCACUGUUUCCCUUAACGGCACCUUCUUCAAGACGGAACUUUUUGAAGACACACGAGACAGCACCAAGAUUUCAUCUUUGUUGGCAGAAUUGGAGGCAAUUCAAAGAAAUUCAGCGUCCCAAAAGAGUGUCAUUGUCUCUCAGUGGACCAACAUGCUGAAAGUUGUAGCAUUGCACCUGAAGAAGCAUGGACUGACUUAUGCCACCAUCGAUGGCUCUGUCAACCCCAAGCAGAGAAUGGACUUGGUAGAGGCAUUUAACCACUCCAGAGGCCCUCAGGUAAUGCUGAUCUCUCUCUUGGCCGGAGGUGUUGGUCUAAACCUGACUGGAGGAAACCAUCUCUUUCUUUUGGACAUGCACUGGAAUCCGUCACUUGAAGAUCAAGCUUGUGACCGAAUUUACCGAGUAGGGCAGCAGAAAGAUGUUGUCAUACACAGAUUUGUUUGUGAGGGAACAGUAGAAGAAAAGAUCUUACAGCUCCAAGAAAAAAAGAAAGAUUUGGCCAAACAAGUUCUAUCAGGGUCUGGAGAAUCUGUCACCAAGCUCACCUUGGCUGACCUCAGAGUCCUUUUUGGCAUCUAACCUCCCAUGGAUAAGGGCUCAGAAUAGCACCAUUGCUGUUGAUGAUGGGAGAACCACUGUUACUACCUUCUGUAACACAGGCGCCAUCCUAUCUCUUCAUCUCUUCUUGCCAGUGAUGUUGCUCCUGUAACCAUCUUUUUGUGGGUGGAGCAGAGUUGAUCCCUGCAGCCACCCUGCAACCAGCCAUCUCUGCAGUUCUCUCAGUGCAGGCAGUUCUUCCUCUCAGACUGAAGGUCAAGGAGAUGCUUUGUACAUGAACAGAUGUUGAGUAUCUGUAUCAUUGUAUUGUUUAGUGUCAGUGUAUCAUUUAGUGUUGUAUAUCACUCAGUCAUUUAAUAUUGGUUAUCACCAUAUCGUUUAGUAUCAUUUGGUUCAUUGUAUCAUUUAGUAUUUCUGUUAUAUCAUUUCUAUUAUAUGUAG